UGAGUUCCACAAACACUGUGAGGAAGAGAAGAUUAUUAUUCUCUGUAUGCCUGCUCACUCGUCGCACCUGCUGCAGCCACUUGAUGUGGGUUGCUUUUCGCCUUUGAAGCGGGCAUAUAGUGAUGAGAUCAGUGGCUUGGCACAGUACGGCUCUAAGCAGAUUAAGAAGGAGGCUUUCCUACCAGCCUUCAAAGCAGCUUUUAAGAGGUUAAUCACGAAGGAGAAUAUCUGUGCAGGCUUUAGGGGCGCUAGACUAGUUCCACACAACCCAGAGCUAGAGGACACCCCAUAGGAAUCAAAAACUCUAAGCAACCUCCGUGAGAUAGAGGCUCAGUCAACGCUGGUUUGUGAGCGUGUACGACUGCACAGAGA